CCCAGCCGCCGCCUCCCCCAGGCCAGGGCGCACGGGCGAUGUGGCCGCCUCCCGGUGCGCAGGCCGGUCCGCGAGAUACGGUGGCGCCCGGCGGAGUCCCGGCCUAGCAUGGCUCGCUCGCGGCCCGACGUCGCCUCCGGCUAGGAUGGCCUCUCUGGGCCCGGCAGGCGCCCUCCUCACCUCGGCCGAGCCGCUGUCCCGCAGCAUCUUCCGCAAGUUCCUGUUGAUGCUCUGCUCCCUGCUCACGUCCCUCUACGUCUUCUACUGCCUGGCCGAGCGCUGCCAGAGCCUGUCGGGCCCCGUCGUGGGGCUGUCGGGCGGCGGCGAGGAGGCAGGGGCCCCAGGCCGGGGCGUCCUGGCAGGAGGCCGGAGGGAGCCGGCGAGGUGGCCGGCGGCGGCGCAGAGAAAGCGCCUUCUGCAGCUGCAGCUGCGCGGGCGGAGACGCCGGCCACCCGCGCCGCGCGACGACGGCGAAGGGGACGACGGGGACGGGGACGCGGCCUGGGACGAGGAAACUCCUGGCCUGGCCGCGAGUCCCGGCGGCUCCGGGGCCGGCAGCAGCGUGGCCGAGCCUCCCCCGGGGACCCUGGCCUUGCUCCUGGACGAGGGCAGGAAGCAGUUGCCGCAGGCCAUCAUCAUCGGCGUGAAGAAGGGCGGCACGCGGGCUCUGCUGGAGUUCUUGCGCGUGCACCCCGACGUGCGCGCCGUGGGCGCCGAGCCCCACUUCUUCGACCGCAGCUACGACAAGGGCCUCGCCUGGUACCGGGACCUGAUGCCCAGGACCCUGGAGGGACAGAUCACCAUGGAGAAGACGCCUAGCUACUUUGUGACGCGCGAGGCGCCAGCGCGCAUCUCGGCCAUGUCCAGGGACACCAAGCUCAUCGUGGUGGUGCGCGACCCGGUGACCAGGGCCAUCUCGGACUACACGCAGACGCUGUCCAAGCGGCCCGACAUCCCCAGCUUCGAGAGCCUGACGUUCAAGAACAGGAGCGCCGGCCUCAUCGACACGUCGUGGAGCGCCAUCCAGAUUGGCAUCUAUGCCAAGCACCUGGAGCACUGGCUGCGCCACUUCCCGCUGCGCCAGCUGCUCUUCGUGAGCGGCGAGCGGCUCAUCAGCGACCCGGCCGGCGAGCUGGGCCGCGUGCAGGACUUCCUGGGCCUCAAGCGCAUCAUCACGGACAAGCACUUCUACUUCAACAAGACCAAGGGCUUCCCCUGCCUCAAGAAGCCCGAGGGCAGCAGCAAGCCCCACUGCCUGGGCAAGACCAAGGGCCGGCCGCACCCCGAGAUCGCGGCCGAGGCGCUGCGCAGGCUGCGCGACUUCUACCGGCCCUUCAACCUCAAGUUCUACCAGAUGACUGGCCAUGACUUUGGCUGGGACGGAUGAUGACGCUGUAAUUAAAAAAUUAAAAAAAAAUCAGAAUAUAAUAUAUUUUUUUACCAGUUGGUAGAGAAAAGGCAAUUUAAUAUUUGUGCUGAAAAUGCUUGUUUCUGUAUUUUUUUUUCCCCUCAUGAAUGUUAAAAAGUUUGUUCACUCACCCUUGGCCCAUCUGAAU